AUGAAGUUCAUGAAAGUGGGCCGUGUGGCCAUCAUCACCCGUGGCCGUUACGCCGGUAAGAAGGUCGUCAUUGUCCAGCCUAACGACACUGGCUCCAAGGCGCACCCCUUCCCUUACGCCAUCGUCGCCGGUAUCGAGCGCUACCCCCUCAAGGUCACCCGCCGCAUGGGUAAGAAGACCGUCGAGAAGCGCAGCCGCAUCAAGCCCUUCAUCAAGGUCGUCAACUACAACCACUUGAUGCCCACCCGUUACACUCUCGAGCUCGAGGGUCUCAAGGGUGCCGUCUCCAACGACACCUUCAAGGAGGUCUCCCAGCGUGAGGACGCCAAGAAGAACGUCAAGAAGGCCCUCGAGGACCGCUACACCAGCGGCAAGAACCGUUGGUUCUUCACUCCUCUGCGUUUCUAA